AUGCUUGCUGUUCACUCGGAGCGGGACGGUACAUUGGAAGAGGAUCGUAAAGAUAAUAGUCAAAGCACAAUAUACAAAAAAAUUGAACUCGGUCAGUUGACUCCACACAAUAUUAAGCAAUUUCGAUUGAUCAAUCAAACAGUUUUUCCAGUGACGUAUACAGAGAAAUUUUAUAGUGAUGUACUUAAAAACAGCAAUAUGUGCAGACUUGCCUACUUCAACGAUAUUGUUGUUGGUGCUGUUAGCUACCGAAUAGAAAAUGUUGUAGUUAGAAGUCCUGAUGCGGCAGAUGAAUGUUCUGGUCAAAUCAGUCAGACUGUAAAGAAGUGCUAUAUUAUGACUUUAGGAUGCCUUGCACCGUACAGAGGCUAUGGUGUGGGAACUUUGAUGCUGAAGCACGUCAUUAAAUGCUGUCAGAAGCACGGAGGAAUUAAAAGCAUAUACUUACAUGUUCAUGUAGACAAUGAAGGAGCUGUUGCAUUCUAUAAACGUUUUGGCUUUGAAAUCACUGGUGAAGUAAAUGAUUACUAUAGACGCAUACAACCUCAAACCGCUUAUGUGCUUGAAAGAUGUCUAUCUGCUACAGAAGAGUCAGAGACAGAUCCGGACUCUGAGUGA